ACUCAGUUGUCUAGCAUGGAUCGGUGGCAGAAUCGUGUUGCGGUCAUAACGGGCGCCAGCUCGGGCAUUGGCGCUGCCUGCGCCAAGGUCUUGGUGGCCGCCGGCCUGCAGGUCGUUGGCCUGGCACGUCGCACCGAGCGACUGGAGCAGCUGCGUCAAUCACUGCCCAAGGAUCAGCAGGCACGCUUCCAUCAGCGCACCUGCGACGUCUCGGCGGAGGCGCAGGUGAACAGCGCCUUCGAGUGGAUCGAACAGCAGCUGGGCGGCAUCGAUGUGCUGAUCAACAAUGCGGGCAUCCUGCGCGACGGCCAUCUGCUGGACAUGCCCACCAAGGACAUCACCGAUGUGCUCCAGACCAACCUAAUGGGCAGCAUCUACUGCACCAAGCUGGCCGCCAGCAGCAUGCGUCGCCGCCAAGUGGCCGGCCAUCUGUUCUUCAUCAACAGCACCGCCGGCCUGGCUGGCUACAAUCCCGGCCACAUCGAUCCCAGCCUCAACAUCUAUACGCCCAGCAAGUUCGCCUUGACCGCUGUGCACGAGAUUUGCCGCCAGGAGCUGAUCACACAGAAGUUGAAAAUUAAGACAACGAGCAUUUUCCCCGGCUGGGUGUCCACGGAGAUAGUGCCAGACGAGACUAAGGCCCAGCUGGGCGAUGUCAUUCUGCAGGCCGACGAUGUGGCUCAGGCGGUGCUCUAUGCGCUCUCAACUCCGCCGCAUACUCAGGUGCAGGAGAUAACGCUGCGUGCGGUUGGCGAAUGGUACUGAUAGCGCUUAUCAGCUGAUAUCAAGUGUGCACGUGCUCGAAGUUCUUGUUGUUGUUGGUGUUGCUUAGGCUAUGUAAUCAACACCUAAUAACAAUCAAAUGAACUUGACAACUCAAUGCACAAACACACACACACACACACACACACACAGACAUACACAUAAAUAAAUACACACACACACACACA